AUGCUCUGGUUGCUGCUCCUCUGCGGGGCCCGGCGCUGCGGGGCCGACCAGGCGGUCCCGCUCACCUUCACCAUGCUGCAAUGGACCCACGUCUCCAAAGGCAGCUCCACCUUUUGGGGCAACGCCAGCCUGGACGGGCAGCUCAGCCAUCUUCUGGAGGGGCUUAAAGUCACCCAGGUGCUACCACUGGAGCCUCCAGAUGUUUGGACCAAGCGGCAGCAGGACGUGAUCACUUACCUGGAGAAUUUUGGCCAGCUGGUGCUGCUCUUCAGCAGAGAGAGGCCCAUGAACUAUAGCCAGAACCUGCGCUGCCACCUGGGCUGCCACCUCUUCCCCAACGGCACGGCUCACAGCUUCUACGAGGUGGCCCUCAAUGGGACGGCUUUCCUCAGCUUCCAUGUCCCCAACGCCACCUGGGAGCGGCGCUGGCCUGGCAGGCACGAGGUGGCUGCCUUUGCUGAGAGGGAGCUGAUGAAGUACACUCAGACCACUCAGGGCCUCCAGCAUUUCCUCAACACCACCUGUGUUGACAUCCUGCGGGCUCAGAGUGCCAGGACGGGAAAACAGAGCAGCCGGUCGCCUGCCCCGCUGGUGUUUGGCCUGAUCCUGGGGACCUUUGCCUUGCUGGGCAUGGCCGUGGGAAUCUUCCUGGGCACAGGAAGGAGCUGCUAG